ACUUGAUAGCUGGCUGGCAUAAUUAUUCCUUCACGUGUUACUUGACAACUGCCUGGCAUAAUUAUUCAUUUUGUGUUGAAACUGAAACUGUUACUCAGCCUUUCUUCUUAUCAUUUGCACGUAUGAAAAUUAUAAAAUAUUUUCCAUAUUCCGUGUACAAGUUCCAGAUUGUACGUCGCAAUAGUAAAGUACCUUAAGGAUUUGAUGUCAACCAACACGAUCCUGCAGGAAAAGUUAGUUUUAAAAUGCCAGGCCAACGCAUCGGAGCUAUUUGGUUAGACAUGACAACCCCUCGCUUAUUAUUAGGAAGAGGACAGUUCAGUGAAGUUUACCUGGGUAAAUUGAAUGGCAACAGGGAUGUCGCCAUUAAACGGAUGGUAGUAGAAAAUCAGCCGAAUGCAGAUUAUAAUAAGAUCCCAGUAAAUCAGCCGGAUGCAGAAAAUAAUCAAAUCCCAGAAAAUCCGCCGGAUCCGGGUUAUAAUCAAAUCGUUAACCAAACGCCGAGCACGAUGAGAAGCAACCGAAUAAAUGAAGCUCUGGGCCGACUUGAUCAUCCAAAUGUCAUCAAACUGUUACACGUCGAAGAGAAAAAUUCAAUUAAAUACUUUGCACUAGAAUUGUGUGACACUACGCUCCAUCAGUACAAAAUGGGACCAUGUAAUGAAGCAAUGCCUAAUGAGGUAUUCGUUCUACUAGACAUGAUAAAAGGUUUACGAUAUAUUCAUUCCAAUGGAUUCGCCCAUCGAAAUAUUGAGCCAAAGAACAUACUCAUUUCAAAACCACCUAUCCGUAUCAUUCUCUCCGAUUUCGGGCUGAGUAAACCUAUCGACCUAAACGGAUCAUACUCUGUCAGUCAAGACAGAGCGUUACUUAGACAGCGUCUUAACGAAGAUGUUCAACUGCGCUGGCUAGCUCCCGAAAUGCUGGAUAACCCAGACGAUCAAGGUUUCUCAGAGAAAAGAGGUUCCAUCGCUAGCGACACCUUCUCGAUGGGCUGCGUCUUUUUCUUUUACCUAACGCCAGGUUUGCAUCCCUUUGGAUCUGGUUUGCAUUCUACUCACAUGAACAUUGUAAAUGGAAAACCCGUCAAUCUGAAAUAUUUACCCGAGGAACAACAACGAUUCAGAAGCACGAUUGAAGCCAUGAUCACAAACGAACCUGCAGCUCGUAAGGGUCUUGCAGACGUGGAAAAUGAUCUUCUCGAAGUAAUUGCUAAUCUAAACCUCAUUGAACCUCAGAUGGAACGUCCCGAUUGGCUAAUGUGAAACGUCGAUCGCCCUUGCACAUGAUUCAAAGCACGACUGAUGUUAAUGAGGACAAUUUAACAUUUUCUUUACUUAAUUAAGACGUUUUACCUGAUUAUUUCUAAGCUGAAUUAGGAAUGGUUCAUCAACAGGCUAGUCAAGGAGUUUGCCAUUGUUCUGACCUGACAAUAUACCCAUAUUUACCAA